GGAGGAUGACCUCCGUACCCUGCUUGCCCCCUAUGGAUCGCUAGCAGAAGUCCAUCUGGUGGUGGACCGCCACACCAAGCUCUCCAAGGGCUUUGCAUAUGCGCUCUUCACUGUUCCUGAAGAUGCUGUCAGUGCUAUGAAGGCCCUCGAUUCCUCCAUCUUCCAGGGCCGUCUGCUGCACGUGCUGCCGGCUCACAGGCCUCCACCCAAGAAGGACGAGGAUGCGAAUCUGCAGGCAAAGACGCUGAAGGAGAGGAGGGAGGAGGAGAGGAAGAAGCGCGAAGCAGGAGGGGACACCCGCGCUUGGAGCUCCUUUUAUAUGCGACCCGAUACGGUAGCAGAAGCAGUGGCACAGAGAUACGGAGUGGCCAAACGAGACCUCCUCGACCCAUCAGCCAGCGACACAGCAGUGCGGCUGGCACUGGGAGAAGCCCACAUAGUGGCGGACACCAAGCGGGCUCUGCUUGACGCGGGCAUCGAUGUGGCUCUCAUGGAGCAAUUCGCCACCGCCGCCACCGCUGCUGCCGCUGCCAAAGCAGCUGGGAAAAAGGAUACCAAAGAGGAUGGCAGUGCUACUGGUGGUGGGGGCAGCUUGGUGCGCAGCAGGAGUGUGAUUCUGGUGAAGAAUCUGCCCUUCAAGUUGGAGGCGGGCGAGCUGGUGGGGCUGUUCCAGCGGUUCGGACCGGUGGCGAGGUUUGUGCUGCCGCCCACCAAUACUGUUGCUCUGGUGGAAAUGGCAGACUCUGCUGAUGCCAAGAGGGCCUUCAAAAGCUUGGCCUACAAGAGAUACCAGCAUGUUCCUCUGUACCUGGAAUGGGCACCAGAAGGUAUCUUCCUAGAACCCGCAGCACCGUCAGACGCGCCAACCACAACAGCAGCAGGAGCAGCAGCAGCAGCAGCAGCAGCAGCAGCAGCAGCAGCAGCAGCAGCAGCAGCAGCAGCUUCUAGGGAAGGAGAGGGAGGCGCAGGGGUAGGCAAGGAGGGAGGCGGAGAGAAGAAAGCGAAGAAGCAGGGUGCAGUGGGGUUGCUGCCGGUGGUGAUGGAUGGGAAGGCGGCCAGGCGCAUGGCUGCUGAGGCGGAGAUGGUGGGGGGAGUUGGGGGAAGAGAAGGUGGAGGAGAGGGGGCCGAGGGGCAUGCGGUGGAAGGGGAGGAGGACGGGCAGCCCACGAGCCACAGUGUGUUUGUGAAGAAUCUGAGCUUUGCCACAACAGAGACGCAGCUGAAGGAGAACCUGGAGAAGCUUCUCAGAAGCAAGCACGCAGGGGCGGACGGGGAGGGCCCAGCACUACGCAGUGUCACGAUCAAGAAGCGGGUGCGGAACGGCAAGCAGCUGUCGAUGGGUUUUGGGUUCGCGGAGUUUGGCUCUGUGCUUGCUGCACACCGUGCAUGCAAGCUGCUGCAGGGAACCGUGUUGGACGGGCAUGCGUUGCUGCUGCAGCUGAGCAAAGGGGAGGCGAAGGGGGGCGAGGGGAAGGGCGAGGGAGCAGGGGCAGGGGGAAAGGGGAAGGAGAGCUCGACGAAAGUGAUAGUGCGGAAUGUGCCAUUUGAGGCCACUAAGAGGGACAUUCAGCAGCUGUUUGCACCGUUUGGGCAGCUGAAAAGCAUGAGGCUACCCCGCAAGUUUGACGGGGGGCACAGGGGUUUUGCGUUUGUGGAGUUUGCCACAAAGAGGGAAGCAGAGAGUGCCUUUGAUGCGCUCAAGAGCACUCACCUGUACGGCCGCCACCUCGUGCUUGAAAGGGCCAAGGAGGGCGAGGGGCUCAACGAGCUACGCGCCAAAACUGCCGCCCAGUUUCUGGACGGCGGGGCGGGCGGCGUGCGGCAGAAGAAACGCGCCAAGCUGGGGCAGGGCGUGGAUGACAGUGACGUGGCAUUCCGGGAAAUGCAGUUUGGGUGA